AGGUCACUGACUAAGAAAUAGACUACUGCCCACUUAUGAACCAAAAAUGCAAUCAUCCCCUUCUUACUUAUCUCUUUCUGUUCUGUCCAUGUGAAUGAAUGAUAUAUGUGAAAAUCUAUUAGUCUUUCACAUUGAACUAAGAUGGCUGAGGCCGAAGUAGCAGCAGCUCUAACUAACAAUGAAUUUGAGCCUCAUCAAAAGAAGCCAUCAAGGAACAAAUAUGCCUUAGCUUGUGCUAUGCUUGCUUCCAUGACUUCCAUCCUCCUUGGUUACGAUAUUGGUGUGAUGAGUGGAGCAGCUAUGUACAUAAAGCGAGAUCUGAGAAUUUCGGAUGUGAAGAUUGAAAUCCUUGCCGGUAUAAUAAACUUGUACUCUCCAAUAGGUUCAUACAUAGCUGGAAGAACCUCUGAUUGGAUUGGCCGCCGUUACACUAUUAUAUUGGCCGCCGUAAUUUUCUUCGUCGGAGCAAUUCUGAUGGGAUUUUCACCAAACUAUGCGUUCCUCAUGUUCGGCCGGUUUGUCGCCGGCAUAGGAAUCGGUUUUGCUUUCCUCAUUGCACCCGUUUACACCUCGGAAAUCUCUCCUACUUCUUCCCGUGGCUUCCUCUCUUCCUUGCCUGAGGUGUUUUUGAACGGAGGAAUAUUGCUGGGAUACAUAUCAAACUAUGCAUUUUCAAAGCUUUCACUUCGAAUGGGUUGGCGGUUGAUGCUAGGAGUAGGAGCGAUUCCUUCAAUGUUCCUAGCCGUGGCGGUUUUAGCCAUGCCGGAAUCACCAAGGUGGCUCGUUUCUCAAGGACGAAUAGGCGAAGCCAGAAAGAUCCUCAACAAAAUCUCCGACUCCAAACAAGAGGCGCACCAAAGACUCGCAGACAUCAAAGACACAGCAGGAAUACCCCAGGAGUGCAACGACGACGUCGUUCCCAUCACAAAGAAGAAGCAAGGCAAGGGUGUAUGGAAGGAGCUUCUCCUUUAUCCUACACCCGCGGUGCGCCACAUCUUCAUCGCUUCCUUAGGGAUUCACUUCUUUGCGCAAGCUACCGGCAUAGACGCCGUCGUUUUGUACAGUCCUAGAAUCUUCGAGAAGGCUGGGAUCAAAUCUGAUAAUAAAAAGCUUCUCGCAACCGUAGCCGUUGGAUUCGUCAAAACGGUUUUCAUCUUAGUGGCCACUUUUUUCCUGGAUCGGGUUGGAAGACGCAAGUUGCUGUUAAGCAGCGUUAGCGGUUUGAUAAUCUCGCUUCUAACCCUUGCGGUGAGUCUCACCGUAGUGAAUCGUUCGAAGACGACGCUGAACUGGGCCAUUGGGCUUAGCAUAGCCUCGGUUUUGUCCUAUGUGGGCUCGUUCUCGAUUGGGUCUGGGCCCAUUACGUGGGUUUAUAGUUCGGAGAUAUUUCCGUUGAGGCUGCGCGCUCAGGGUGUAGCUAUUGGAGCUGUGGUGAAUAGGGUCACCAGUGGAGUGAUCUCAAUGACCUUUUUGUCCCUCACGAAGGCAAUUACCACUGGUGGGGCUUUCUUUCUCUUUGCUGGAAUUGCAGCUGCUGCGUGGGUAUUUCACUAUACUCUGCUCCCUGAAACGCGCGGUAAAACUCUUGAAGAAAUUGAAGGAUCUUUCGGUAAUUUCUGCAGAAAAUCUAAGAAGAGUGCUAACGGCGAGGGACUUAACCGUAAUAGCACUGGUAACGGCCAGAUCCAAUUGGGGACCAACGGCCAGAACCAGCCUUUGGCAAGUGUGGAUUAAUUUA